UGGAUCUGGUAGGAAUAGGUUGUUGUCGUUCUUCUUCGAAGAGGAUGUCAAAGGAGUACUCUUGUUGUUCGUCCUGUUGGAAACACUGAGUCUUCUUCAGAAGCAAACCCUAGCAUAAAAAAAAAAUAGAAAAUCAAUCCCAAUUCAUGAGAAUCAAGUGGCAGCAAUAGGAAUCAAUUCCGGUUACAUGCAAUCCCAGUGAUGGCAAAUCUUUCGGUGGAAGUAAUCACCGAAAUCCUGUCUCGUCUGCCGGUGAAGUCAGCGUUGCAGCUCCGCUCCACCUGCAACUGGUGGCGCUCCCUCAUCGACACCAUCCACUUCAUCCUAUUCCACCUCAGCAAAUCCCACACCACCCUCAUUCUCCGUCAUCGCUCCCACCUUUACACCGUCAACCCUCAAUCCCUCAAGAAACCCCUCGAAAUCACUCACCCUCUCAUGUGCUACAGCAACAACAUCAAGGUUCUCGGUUCUUGCAACAACCUCAUCUAUAUCUCCAACGUCGCCGACAUCGCCUUAUGGAACCCUCACCUCCGCAAGCACCGGAUUCUCCCCGCUGACUGCUUCAACUGCCCGAAAUCUUCCCUCUUUGCAGCCCGCAUCCAUGGCUUCGGCCACGAUCCCGCCUCCAAUGACUACAAGCUCGUCAGCAUUACUUACUUUGUCGAUCUCCACAAUCGCACCUUCGAUUCCCAGGUCCAACUCUACACACUCAAAUUCGACGCCGGGAAAAACCUCCCUAACAUGCCCUACGCCCUCUACUACGCGCAAACCAUGGGCGUCUUGGUCGGCGGUGCCCUUCACUGGGUCAUUACUCGCAAACUCGAACCUGACCAACCCGAUCUCAUAAUCACCUUUGACCUCACGUGCGAGAGCCUUCAUGAAGUUGAACUCCCUGCAACCCUGAAAGGAAAUUUCGAUAUGGAGGUGGCUCUGUUGGGAGGGGACCAAAUUGAUCAACUUGGAAAUACAGAGACCUACUUGAAGAAAAACAGCAAAAAUAGAAAUUACUGA